UUACAAAAUAAUGACUUAAUAUUACAAAUAAUGACUUAAUAUUACAAAAUAAUGACUUAAUAUCUCAAGAAUGACUUAUUUUCUCAAAAUAAAGACUAAAUAUUUUUUAAAUAAUGGCUUAACACGGUGGAGAGAAGGCAGAGACUGGGAGCUGCUGUGAUGUGAGGAAAGUGAAACUUAAGGGAGGGAGGAGGUGCAGCAGCUCCUAUAAGAGCGGAUCCCCCCCACCGGCUCCUCAGAAACUCUCUGCCCAGGAUGGGAGUCCAAGGCCUGACCACUCUGCUGGAGAAACACCGGAGCAUCUACCAGGAUCUCCACCUCUUUCAGUGCCGGCUGCUGAUCGACGGCAGCAACCUCUACCACUGGCUGUACUUCAAAUCAGGUCUGGACCAGAAUCACGGCGGGGAGUAUGCUGCGUUCGCGGCCCUUAUUGAGAGGUUUGUUAAAGUGCUCAGAGACUGUCAGAUCACGCCCUACAUAGUGCUGGACGGAGGAUCGGACAUCUCAGAAAAGAAGAAUGAAACCGUGAAGAACAGAGCAAUGGGUCAUAUCAAACGGGCGAAUCAAGCGGCACAGGGCGGCCAGCGCGAGGACAUCCUGCCGACGCUGGUGAAGCUGGUGCUCCGACAGACGCUGAGGCGGCUGGACGUCCAGGUGGCUCAGUGCUAUGGAGAGACUGACCUGGAGAUCGCCGCCCUGGCCCGGGAGUGGCAGUGCCCGGUGCUUUCCGGAGACAGCGACUUCUACAUCUACGACCUUCCGGAGGGGCUACUGCCCCUCUCAGACUUCCAGUGGGAGGCGGUCGAGCGGAGGGGCUCCAACAGCUACAUCCCCUGUAAGAGCUACUACACCCCCAGCUUCUGCAUCUACUUUGAAAUCCAGCGCCAGCUCCUGCCCGCCUUUGCCGCCCUGGCUGGGAACGACUACGUGAAGCCACACCGGCUGCAGGCGGGCGUCAGCUGGAAUCAGUUCGCCCCGGCAGGCGGCGGGAACACGGGCCACAUGGAGGGGCUGCUGUGCUGGCUGCAGAACUUCCAGAAGCCUCAGGAGGCCUUCGAGGCGGCGCUGGGGCUGAUGGGAGAACUGAGCGCCAACAAAAAGGCAGAGGUGAUGAAGGGCUUGAAUCUGGGGAUGGAGGAGUACCAACUUCCUCCCAGCGCCCUCAAGAAGUUCUUCACCCAUGGGAUAGCACCUCCAUUCUCCACAGAAGUGGCUGGUGUCCCGGACUGGUUCCGGCUGCCUCUGAUUCAGGCUAGGCUGCCGCCGGUCAUCCUGGACGUGCUGCUGCUGCAGAGGAUGAGCUUCAGCGUCUUCGUGGAUCUCGACGCCGCACCAAGCGCUCACCUUACCGCCAGGCCGCUGCGGCAGGUGAUGUACGGGCUGCUGCUGGGCGAGGGCAGGGAGGUGAUGGAGCGAGAUAGGGAGGGGCUGCAGCUGAGGCUCAUCCCCGUGAAGACCGCCUCCACAGCAAGCUCUCUGCAGCUCUCACUGCAAACACUGGAUAAGGCGGACGCCUCUCUACGUCUGAAGGUUCUCCUUGAGGCCCUGGGGGUCCCUGAGGCCUCCUUGGCCCCCGUGCUUCCCGCCCUGCGCCUUCCUGUGUGCGUCACCUGCUUCUGGCUGCAGAGAGCCCAGCCUCCUGCAGACGAGGAGGUGCUGAAGGCUCUGCUGCUCGGGCUGAGCUCCGGAGACGCCUUCAGGGGAGCCCUGCCCCCCCCCAGACAGAAGCUGGACAUGCAGGUGUCUCACUCUCUGAACCAGUGGCAGUCCUGCCUGAAGUCCAGCCUGCAGCUCAACCAGCUGCUGGGCCUACCGCUACCUGAGCCCUCCCUCUCCAGGUUGUUUGAGGGGACAUUGGUUCACCAGCUGGUGCACAGGAUGAGGUACGGGGGAAAGAAGAGGCCUUUCCUGAAGGAGGACCCCUCCAGUGUGAGGCUGUUCCACACCAUUCAGGCCGUGCUGCACCAGAUCCCCCCUCAGGAGGAGGAGGAGGAGGAGGAGGCCAGCAGCUCGGGGUGGGUGCAGGAGGAUCUGCGCCUCAGCGAGAUGCCGUCAGUGAAAACUCGUUUCAGAGCGAAACACAGGAAGAACCGGAGCAAGAACCCGGAGCUGGCCCGCAAAGUGGAGCGCCGCGGCCGGGACCUGCUCUGAGCUCAAGGGAGGAAAACAAGCCGGGUUCAUCAGAAUCUCGUUAACGUCCCUCACAUCAGUCUGAUACAUAAUAUUUACGUUACUCUGAAACAAGAAGCACUUCCUUUUUUAAAUCUGCACACAUUUUACACCUUUUUGCACAUUUCUUUCUUCGUCUCUUUAUGCCCUCAAGAUUGUAUAUUUUGAAUUAAGGGCAGUGUUUCCCCUAUAUACAAAUAGCGGCGGCGGUAUUAUUUUACCUGAAUAAAUGUACUCAGGUAUAUCAAAUGUCAGACAAUGAAAACAAAUAGGAAUACAGCCUGUGACUCAGGUGUGUGUGUGUGUGUGUGUGUGAAAAAGUGUUUACCCUAUAUACAAAUAGCGGCGGCACUUUAAAAAAAUUGUUUUUUUAAAAAUAAUAAUUGGAGCCCCUAGCGCUCGUGGCGACUUUGCACGCCACCGAUACGCGGGAAAGCUGUCAAUUUCAGAGCUGAAGGAAAGCUGCCUGACAAGACAGACACCAGCAAGUUGAAGCAGACAGAUAACUUUAUUUAGACACAAUCACCUCAAGAAGAAGAAUUAGGUCAUAAUGACAUAAAUGUAAGGUAUUAUAAUUGAAAAUGUUAUUACAUUUAGAUUAAGUAAAUUAAAGGUGGGGUAGGUAAUUUUGGACACACACGAACGCGC